AUUCCUCAAAUAGCACCUCUUAAUUGAUUGAUAUUAUUUAUCUAUUUUAUUAUUAUUUUUUUAAUAUUUAAUGUAAUAAAUUACUAUUCUUUCCUUUAUAAAAUUAAAAGAUCAGAUAUUAAAAAAAAUAAAAUUUCAUAUUCUUGAAAAUGAUAG